AAUAAGUCCAUUCGUGAAAUUUCCUUGCUACUAAAUAUUCCACGGUCAACUGUUAGUAGUAUUAUAACAAAGUGGAAGCAACUGGGAACAACAGCAACUCAGCCACGAAGUGGUAGGCCACGUAAAAUAACAGAGCAGGGUCAGCGAAUGCUAAAGCGCACAGUGCUCAGAAGCCGCCAAUUGUCUGCAGAGUCAAUAGCUAAAGACUUCCAAACCUUGUGUGGCCUUCAGAGAGCUUCAUGGAAUGGGUUUCCAUGGUCAAGCAACUGCAGUGAUGCCUUACAUCACCAAGUGCAAUGCAAAGCAUCGGAUGUAGUGGUGUAAAGCAUGCCACCACUGAACUCUAG